AAUUAAUUCAACAACUAUGUCUUCCAAGUGCACUGAUAGAUGUGUAUCAACACACUACUCAAGCUAAAGGCUCUGCGGGGGAAUGAGUCCAUGCAUGUGCAGCUGCACCGUCAGCUGUCUACUGACGUGGCCGUCGGCCAGCACCACCUCGCUGCCCAUGACGCGCUCGCACUCACACGAGCUGCGGCACUGGUCGUUGGGCACCGGCAGCGCCAUCAGCUCCUGGAUGUCAGCCGGAUACUCGAGAUCCAUCGCGUCGAGCUCGGCUCUGCACAUCACAUGGACACACUGACUGAGUGGCGUCUUUGGUAUGUGUGUAUGUGUGUGGCAUACAUACUGACAUGAUGCCUCUGAGUUGGCCUUCAGUGAUGCUGAAGUAGUGCGCCAAGGGGACCCGCAGGUAGGUCGUCUCGGAGGUGUCGCAGCUGCCUCCGUCCGUCAGAUACUCGAGCAGCUGAAUGAAUGACACACACAUACAGAGAAAACAUACAGAAAGGUAAAAUAAGUGGACCGUCUGUGUGUGCCUUCGUAUCGUACGUUGUGUCGAAAGAGGUCGGUGAACCGGAGAGCCUCUUCGAUGAGUUCCUCGCCAAUGACCUCGGCAGCGCACCCUCUCUGAGCCACAAUCAAUCAAUCAGCCACAAUGAGCUCACAUAUGCUAUGCGCUGAGGGCCAGCCAGCCAAGAUGAAGCCACUCACCCACCUCGGUGGCUUUGUCGACACACGACUGUCGCACACCGCUGGAGAUGUGGUCAUUGUUGAUGUGAUAAACGAUAGUCUCCCGCCACCGAGACCGAAACAAUACCUACACACGGACAGACAGACAGACAUACCUGCAGCCAGGUUCCAUCCCUCCUCACCUUUGCUGGGUCGUUGUGCAGUAGGGAAGAAAACGCGCAAUCGACGCCACGGUCGAAGAUGCCGAUGGCCGCCUGCUGGCCGAACAGCUUCUCACACGCGCGGAAGACGGCGUCGCGGCAAACCACCAUCGGAUGCGGCAUCACGUACCAAAAGCAUCUCCGGGGGAUGUUUUGGGUGAUAUGCUUGGUACUGGUGGCAAAUUUCUGAAACCAUCGACACACACGCAGUCUCCCUCCUCAGCCCGGCACCUUGCGACAUACCAUCCAAAAUAGGACGUCCCAAGGUCCUGUUGUGGUAAGGAAGAUGAAGUCAGGAAUCACCCUCGCACCAUGCCGAGAGUUGCCGAGCUCCAGCAUGUCGUCGACGACCUUUUUGAGCAGCAGCUGGCAGUUGAAGAUAAUGCCCAUCUUUGACUCUUCGGAGAGAGGCGGUGCCGAGACAUUGCCGAUUCCCAGGGCUAUGUUGCCCUUGAACGCGGCGAUGCAGGUCACCAUGUUGUUGAUUCCUGGGUCGACCAUGGAGAAGGGCGCAACACGGAAGGUCAGAUAGCUGCGGAAGGGACCACCAAGGCGUCACAUCCAAAAGACCACACCCCACACGUCAUUCAUACAUGCAUCAAACAAGACAGCGGCGCUCAUACGUAUUCUUCUUUCUUUGCUUACUGUACCUGACCGCUUUUUGUGGAUCACCUUGCCCCGCCGCGCCGGCCACGGGAGUGCGCCUUCGUGAAGGUUUGCUGGCGCUGUGAAGCUCAAGCCUCAUGUGGCGAUAUGAAGACAGCGCGGCGCACCCACUUUCGACAGUCAUGCGAACGAUCUUGCCCGGCUGGGCGGCUAGCGGCUCCACGAUCUGGUCCAUGCCGUUCUGACGCACCUCCUCGAAGAUCUCAGCCUCCUGCGCGCGCACACACUCACGGGCAUAAGAGUAUCUAGAGGCUGCCAUCAAGUAGACCUGACCCUGGCCCGCUGGAUGAGGAGGUAGUGGUCCUCCGGCAUGUAGCCCAUGGCGUACUUGAUGACCUUGGCGUUGUGAUAGAGCUCACCAGCUGACUCGUAGAGGCGACCGAGGUACCGGCACUCAGACCUGUCACAGAAACAAAAGAAAGUGCACACAGCACGAUGAAAAUGCAUCCGUCGUGGUGCAUACUUAGCUGACUGACUCACUUAUGCUUCUCCUUCCAAUGACUCCUCUGGCACUCCUUGCCACAGUAUUGCAAAACUUUGCAUUGCGUGCAGCUGCCGAGUGACGCGUCGUUUUUGCCGCACCUGGCGCAACGGUCUGCCGGGAUCCGGCCGCCAGCUGCGCGGACUCUCAGCUCCUACGACUGGCCGGAUGUGAAUGGCAGCGACUGCAUGGGAUGCCGAGUCACUAAAACUGGCGAUCAACGCAAGGAUCUUGGCCGCGGAUGCUCAAGGGAAGCCUCAGGCAGGUGCUUCGGUCCUCUUUAUCCUCUUU